AUGGAGGGGCCGAGCGGGUCCAGCUUCGGGAUAGAUACGAUCCUGUCGAGUGGCAGCACCGGCAGCCCCGGAGUCAUGAACGGAGAUUUUCGCCCCCACGGCGACGGCCGGCCGGCGGAUUUUAGGAGCCAGGCCACGCCGUCCCCCUGCUCGGAAAUCGACACGGUGGGGACGGCGCCCUCAUCGCCCAUCUCGGUGAGCAUGGAGCACCCCGAGCCGCACCUGGGGGUGGCGGAGAGCCUCCCGCCGCCGCCGCACCACCUCCACCUCGGCCCGCACCCGCCGCCGCCGCCGCCGAGUUUGCAGCCGUCGCCCCCGCAGCCACCGCCACCACAGCUGGGCUCGGCCAGCUCCGGCCCCAGGACUUCCACCUCUUCUUUUUUAAUUAAGGACAUUUUGGGCGACAGCAAACCGCUAGCGGCGUGUGCACCUUACAGUACCAGCGUCCCCUCUCCCCACCACACUCCCAAGCAGGAGGGCAGCGCGGCCCCGGAGAGCUUCAGGCCCAAACUCGAGCAGGAGGACGGUAAAGCCAAGCUCGACAAGCGCGACGACUCGCAGGGGGACAUCAAAUGCCACGGGACAAAGGAGGAGGGCGAUCGGGAGAUCAGCAGCAGCCGGGACAGCCCGCCAGUGCGGGCCAAGAAGCCUCGGAAGGCACGAACAGCCUUCUCCGACCAUCAGCUCAACCAGCUGGAGCGCAGCUUCGAGCGGCAGAAGUACCUGAGCGUGCAAGACCGCAUGGACUUGGCCGCUGCCCUCAACCUCACCGACACCCAGGUCAAAACCUGGUACCAGAACCGGAGGACGAAGUGGAAGCGACAGACGGCGGUGGGCCUGGAGCUGCUGGCCGAGGCCGGGAACUACUCAGCGCUGCAGCGGAUGUUCCCCUCGCCCUAUUUCUAUCACCCCAGCCUGCUGGGCAGCAUGGACAGCACGACGGCGGCUGCGGCGGCCGCAGCCAUGUACAGCAGCAUGUACCGGACUCCCCCCGCGCCGCACCCCCAGCUCCAGCGGCCGCUGGUGCCGCGGGUGCUGAUCCACGGGCUGGGGCCGGGCGGGCAGCCGGCCCUCAACCCCCUGGCCAACCCCAUGCCCGGCACCCCGCACCCCCGGUGA